AUGACUAACAACCCGAGUGCCGAGAAGCUGUUGGAUGCACCAUACGGCUCGUCGUUCAUUCGCCUCCGAAUUGUCUGCGUGUUUGAGCUGGACGUCGUCCAUGUGGACAUGCAGACCACGAACAAUGACUGGUGA